AAAUUGCUGAGUGUGGAGAGGCCCCGCCCUUCCGCGCCUGCCCGGGGCCGUCCCUCCCGCGCUCCCGGAGGUGCUCCUUCCCGACGGCGCUGGAGGGCCUGGCGGCGGCGGCCCAUGGGGUCCACGGCGCACCCCGCCUGGCUGCAGCCCAGGUAUCGGAGGAACAUCUAUCUUUUUAUCUACUACUUAAUCCAGUUCUGUGGCCACUCAUGGAUAUUUACAAAUAUGACAGUCAGAUUCUUUUCAUUUGGAAAAGAUUCCAUGGUUGACACUUUUUAUGCCAUUGGACUUGUGAUGCGACUUUGCCAAUCCGUCUCCCUCUUGGAGUUGCUGCACAUAUGUGUUGGCAUUGAAUCGAACCAUCUUCUUCCCAGGUUCCUGCAGCUCACAGAGAGAAUAAUCAUCCUCUUUGUGGUGAUCACCAGUCAAGAGGAAGUCCAAGGGAAAUACGUGGUGUGUGUUUUAUUCUUCUUUUGGAAUCUAUUGGAUAUGGUUAGGUACACUUACAGCAUGCUUUCAGUCAUUGGAAUAUCCUACGCCAUCUUGACGUGGCUCAGUCAAACACUAUGGAUGCCCGUUUAUCCUUUGUGUGUUCUUGCUGAAGCAUUUGCCGUCUAUCAGUCACUGCCUUAUUUUGAAUCAUUUGGCACUUACUCCACAACGCUGCCCUUUGACUUAUCCAUCUAUUUCCCAUACGUGCUGAAAAUAUAUCUCAUGAUGCUCUUUAUAGGUAUGUAUUUUACCUACAGUCAUCUUUACUCCGAAAGAAGUGACAUGCUCAGAGUCUUCCCCAUUAAAAAGAGGAAAAUCUGAAGCACAGCAUUACAAUGCGACACAAGAAAAGACAGGCUUGUGGAUUCAGCGCAGCAAACACAAACCAGGAAGCAUUCUGGUGGGAAAAUACCUAGGAUUUGACAAAACCUGACAUGAAAUAAUUGCACUCCUCUCUAAAACUCUAGACAUAUCACAGCAGUCUGUGUUUCUCACACAUUGUAUUUUCAAAACAUAUACUCUGCACAACCUGCUUCCCUAAAACUGUGGAUUUUAUACCAGUUACAUUUAUAUUGUGUGAAGCCCCAUUAUUUUCCUGUAAGGUUAAUGAGAAAUAGGAGAUUACCUGGAGUAGAUUCAAUUAAACCAAGAAACUGAAGUUGUUAACCUAAAUUACAUCUAUUUACAUUUAUUUCUUUUCACUUCUGAGUUCCCAAAUAGCAGCAGGUCUGUAGGAGGGGAGUGAUGUGGAAUAUGCUCUGCCGUAGUCUAGAGUAACAUAUUUUAUAGACAGAUGUCACUGUCCCCAGAGUUAACAUCCACCGUAAACGUUAGACACACUUAGAAAAUUAAACAUGUUUCCAAA